UUCUCGAUUUUAGCUAGCGCAGUCGCUUGUUGAUUUUGCAGCGCACGUGACUGGAUGUUUCACAUACACGUCAAUAAAGUACUAGAUGUUGUUAGAAGGCCCUUCUGUCUAUCUAACGAAAGCCUGUGCGUUGUUAGUGCUAAAAAAUUUAAGGUAAAGUUACGUUAUAUGAGCAACUAUAGAAAUAUGGCGAGCCAAGACACUUACUCAACUGUAAAACAUGGUGGAGGAAGCAGGGUAGUUUCUGUACCAGAAAUCCGCUGCUUUAUGGAACGAUGUAUGACGAAAGUGGGGACCAGAGAAAGUGAUGCUAAAGCUCUUGCGGAAGUUCUAGUGGCUGGUGAUAAUCGAGGACACUUCAGUCACGGACUGAAUAGACUAGAAAUGUAUGUGAAUGAUGUGCAAAAAAAAAUAUGUUGUGUAGAAGGGCAACCAGAAAUUAUCAAUGAAACUGCUGCUACUGCCUACAUUGACGGUAAGAACUUAUUGGGUCCAGUUGUAGGAAACUUCUCAAUGAAGUUAGCAAUUAAGAAGGCCAAAGAGAGUGGUAUUGGAUGGGUUGUUGCCAAAGGGUCAAAUCAUUAUGGAAUAGCAGGAUGGUACAGUAUGAUGGCCUGUAAAGAAGGUUUGUUGGGUAUGUCAUUUACAAAUACCUCUCCCUUUGUUGCUCCUACUCGAGGUAAAAAGGCAGUCUUGGGAACCAAUCCAAUCACCUUAGCAGCUCCCGCUAAAGAUGGAGACAGCUUUGUACUAGAUAUGGCUACUUGUGCUGUUGCUCUUGGAAAAAUAGAAAUGCAAGACAGGAAAAAUGAAAGUAUCCCGGAAGGAUGGGGUAUGAACAGUGAAGGAAAGAUUACAACUGACCCAAAAGAAGUUUUAAAUGGAGGAAGUCUUCUGCCACUAGGUGGUGCUGAACAUACAAGUGGAUAUAAGGGUUAUGGUCUAGCUAUUAUGGUUGAAGUAUUUUGUGGAUUACUGGCAGGUGCAACAUAUGGUCCAAACAUUCGUCGGUGGUUAGACACUUCUAAAAUAGCAGAUCUGGGGCAGUGUUUUGUUGCCAUCAACCCUGAUGUAUUUGCUCCUGGCUUUCAAGACAGAAUGAGUGAUUUAAUGGAGAUAUGCAGAAACCAAGAACCUGCAGAAGGUGAAUCAAAAAUCCUUGUGCCAGGAGAUCCUGAGAGAGAACAUAUAGCUAAAUGUGAAGCACAAGGUGGAAUUCGCUAUCAUGAAAACCAGAUUAAGUAUAUUAUGAAUUUAGCAGAGAAGCUGGGAGUCAAACCACCACAAAUGGCUUAGGAAAUUCCAUCAUUGAAGAAAGCUCUUAUAACCAGAAGGACUUGUAUGCUCAAUAAGAGAAUGUUUAAAAGAAAUAUUAUUCCAAAGAGAAGUUUAAAUUUUGUGUUUACUGAAGUAACAGGUAAAAUUUUUUAAGUUUAAAAUAAAUAAAAACGUUUAAUUUUGCACUAGU